UAUCAGCAGAGGUCGCAUGGCAUAUGGUGAAGAACAGUCCAACCACUUCUCUGUCCUGGAACCAUUGCCUGGAAUCAAUGCAUUAAUAUGCACCUCCGUGACAAAGCCUAUGGAGUAUGAGAACAGCGGGAAAAAAACAAGCAACAUAUUCAGAGGGCUCAUCUUAUGCUUUUAAAAUAAACCAAGGGGGAAUCUUUUAUUUAAUUUGUUCUGGAGUAUGCCUAACUUGAUGGUAUAACUAAUCUGCAUAUGUGCAGUUAUUUCUGUUCUACCGUUAAGUGAUAACUGUUUUGGUUCUCCAAAGCGGACGCGCUCUAGUAAGCGAAAAAAAGGACUGUUCAUCACCAGGACGCGAGUUGGUGCAGAAGUUCGACCGCAAACGGAUGUGAGGGAAGAGUGCACAGAAAACUCAACCCCUUUUUCUUUUUCUUUCUCUACUUCUUUCUUAUUUUGUUUGGCUAAACAAUAGAGUGAGUCAAAGACACUGAAACAGAUUUCAUGCCGUCAGUCUCGAAGAACCUGAUAUGGACGUGAGAUUUUAUCCUGCGCACCCGUCAAGUGUGGGUUCUGAUCCAAGUUGUCUAAGCUCGUUGGACUUUUACCACGCGAACAAGGCCCGGUACGGUGUGGGUGAACGAGGGGUUCGGCUCCUCCACGGUACCCCACCCCCAGGCUCCAACCCAGCUGGGAAAAGACUGCCCACUGCUGGGUUUGAUGGUGACAACAUGUACAUGAAUGACAAUAACCAGGAGUUUCGGUCACCAAGCCAGAACUACUCCAGUCAGGGCCGAGGAAGCAACAGUGGAGGAGGAGGGGAUGAAGACUACGAGAUCCCUCCCAUCACACCCCCCAACCACGCUGACCCCUCUCUGCUUCACCUCAUGGACCCCGAGUCGGGCUACACCUUCCACUCACUGUCCCACAACAGCCUGAUCAACCCCUACUCCUACCCGGAGCUGCCUGCUGCCCUCAUGAUGUCCAAUAUGCUGGGCCAGGAUAGCCAUCUUCUCUCAGGGCAUAAUAUGCACUCGAUAGGGGAGAAGCGGCCCUCCUCGGAGAUGAUGAAGCCCAAGCCCAAACCGCAGAAGAAGAAGAAGAAAAAGGACCCCAACGAGCCGUCGAAGCCCGUGUCGGCCUACGCCCUCUUCUUCAGGGACACCCAGGCGGCCAUCAAGGGCUCAAACCCCAACGCCACCUUCGGGGACGUGUCCAAGCUAGUUGCCUCCAUGUGGGACAGCCUGGGAGAGGAGGCGAAACAGGCGUACAAGAGGAAAACCGAGGCGGCCAAGAAAGAGUACCUGAAAGCCCUCGCCACGUACAGAGCCAGUCUGGUUUCCAAGCCCUACAAUGACCCCGUCGAACCAAAAAGCUCCCAAAGCAGCCAGCCCUCCCACAUGCUGCCCCCCAAGCAGCCCCUGUACAGUGUGCCCCCGCAGGCCUCCUCCCCCUACGGUCUGGGCCCCGGCUCCUUCCCCCUGUCAGACCUGCAGAGCUUCGCCGGUCCGCCCCACCACGCCCUGGCCCGGACCCUCAGCCAAUCCCAGAUGCUGCCGCCCAGCAUGAGUGCCUCACCCCCCUCCCCCUUCCAGAUCAGCCCGCCCCUCCACCCCUCCCAGCUCGCCCUGCACCAGAGCUCCCUGCGCAUGCAGCAGGUCCAGUCGCACUCAAUGGGGCUCCAAGGGUCUCUGCACUCACCUCCUCUCAGCCAACAGGGGUUCUCUCACAUUCAGGAUUACCAGAACAGUGUGGGGGGGUCCCAGUCCCCGGGGGCGCCCAACCCAGGGCACGGACAGAACCCCGACUGGGACGGCGAGUACUGCAACCGGGACUGUGGGCCCAACCAUUGCGGCAGUGGCAUGGGAGCCCGGGACAAGCCUCUCUACCUCACUUGAAGCUGAAGGACCUCCAAAAGUCAAGACUCCAGGGAGUUUUCCAACAUUCAUCAACAACAACGUCAAUGUAUCUUUCUCCUCCUUGUUUUUUCUGAAGGAUUUUUAAAAUCCCAAAGACUGCUACUACUUCACCUAUUUGCCAAGCACUUAGACUGGACAGGAGCCUUGCUUCUUUUUGCCAUGAAUGUCCAUUUUGUGGGGGGUUAAGCUUCAAGCUCACGUCAACAUACUGUACAUGAAGACUAAAAAACGUCUUCUGGCUUUGUUUUGACAUUUUCCCAAAUGUUAAAUUUUUCUCCUCUUUUGCUUUCCUUUGCUCUUACUCAGUUUUCCCAUGGACUGCCCACUUUUGGGCGAAACAAUGCUGUAAGCAUAUUCAUUGUAGGGUCUAUGUUAAGAUUCUCAUACAGGACCCUUGAACCUAGUCACCUCACUAAGGGAGGAUACAACUAUUUCAGCAAAGAAAGCAAAAACACAAAGCGUAAUUAGAAAAAGAAAACAUCCUUACGUCAACCCAGUUCUAAUUGAGAGCUUUCCCAUUUUUAUUUUCUCUGAGUGAUUGUAAAUAUCUACCAAGAUGGAACCUGGCCCCCUAUGCCUAGAUGUGUGUAUCUAGCCACAGUCCCUUGCUUUUUUCUUCUAUUUUUUACAUUAUUUUGUUUAGUUAUGUGAUUUCUGUGCGGGCUGGAUUCAGUGAUGGAAUACACACACUAAAUCCUGUGUUAAAGCUCUGUUCACUGGUCAUGCUACUUUCUAGCCCGGUCCCAGAUCUGUUUGUGCUGCCUUUGCAACUGCUAUGGUGACAAUAACCAUAGGAGAUGGCAAGACAUCACAAACAGAUCUGGAACCAGGCUAGCUUCUCUCUAAUGGAGAGAGAAAUACAAAGACUGUUGGGAAUAGGGAGCCAUUUUGGACACCCUCUGCACUGUCCUCAGGAUGUGACUGGACUGAAGAGGUCAAAGGUGAAACCUCUCCCUUAGUUUAAACCUCUCCUGGUCCAGCGGACCACACCACCCCCACUCCCCAGCGCCACUUGUAUAGGUGAAUAAAAAAAAUAGUUGCUAAAUGUGAAAUGUUGCUAAAGAUAAAAGCAUAAAAGUGGGUUUUAAAGUUUUUGACUAGUUUUAUUAGGUGUUUUAGAAAUUGUGUUGAAUUCAUGUUUAUAAUUUUUUGUGAAGAUAAAAAUAAUAUUAUAAUGCAUUUAAUUCUUUAAAAUUUUGUUUUUCACUGUAGCACAAUUUAAGUUUCUAAGGAAUGGUCACCGGUAGAUAUUUCAUUUGUGUACAAACCUGCGAAAUGUACUUAUUUUAAUUGUAAAGCCAGCAAUGAAAGAACCCAUUUUGUUUUGUUGAUUAACAUGUUUCGCAAUAUGGUCAUUCUAUUUAAUUCGGUUGACUGGUUUCACAUCUAUUUAUGAAUGAUAUGAAGUAACGUUUUGGCUUGUUUUCAUCAGGGUGCAUUAUUAUUAUUAUUAAAUUCCAUGGUAAUUUGAAUAAUUAUUAUUUGUACAUCACUUGUUUCUGGUGCAUUGGCUUUUUUCCAGCAUUUGGUUCAUUUUGUGUGGCGAUGCUUCUUUUGUUUUCUUUUGUCAGUAAUAAAAUGUAAGUGGAAAAUAAA